AUGGAGGCCAUCAAGAAGAAGAUGCAGAUGCUGAAGCUGGACAAGGAGAACGCCAUUGACCGCGCUGAGCAGGCCGAAGCCGACAAGAAGGCUGCCGAGGAAAAGUAUAAGCAGGUGGAGGAGGAGCUGACACACCUCCAGAAGAAGCUGAAGGGGACGGAAGACGAGCUGGAAAAGUACUCGGAGGAACUGAAGGACGCACAGGAGAAGCUAGAGCUGACAGAGAAGAAAGCCUCCGACGCUGAAGGUGAUGUGGCAGCUCUCAACCGACGCAUCCAGCUCGUGGAAGAAGAGCUGGACAGGGCUCAGGAGCGCCUGGCCACAGCCCUGCAGAAGCUGGAGGAAGCGGAGAAGGCUGCAGAUGAGAGUGAGAGAGGCAUGAAGGUGAUAGAAAAUCGCGCCAUGAAAGAUGAGGAGAAGAUGGAGAUCCAGGAGAUGCAGCUCAAGGAGGCCAAGCACAUCGCUGAGGAGGCCGACCGCAAAUACGAGGAGGUAGCUCGUAAGCUGGUCAUUCUGGAGGGCGAGUUGGAGAGAGCAGAGGAGCGGGCAGAGGUGUCUGAACUAAAAUGUGGUGACCUGGAAGAAGAACUCAAGAAUGUCACAAACAAUCUGAAAUCGCUCGAGGCAGCCUCGGAAAAGUAUUCUGAAAAGGAGGAUAAAUAUGAAGAAGAAAUUAAGCUUGUGUCCGACAAACUGAAGGAGGCUGAGACCCGUGCUGAAUUUGCAGAGAGAACAGUUGCAAAACUGGAAAAGACCAUCGAUGACCUGGAAGAAAAACUGGCCCAGGCCAAAGAAGAGAACGUGGGCUUACAUCAGACACUGGAUCAGACACUAAACGAACUUAACUGUAUAUGA